GCGAGCGUGUGUCACUCGCUUUCUCCCUCUGUGUAUAGAGGAUGUGCUGAAUGGUGCGCUUGGAGGCGGCGGCGGCUAAGGAGCAGUAUCCGGCGGCGUCUGGAAGCCUAGGCUGCGGAGCUCGGCUUCUCUUCACCCUCCCAGGCUCCACAACCACCGCGGACGCCCGACCCCCGCGUCCCGCCCGGGGCAUGGCCGAGCGACUGGCCCCCGCGUGCCCCGCUUGCUGAACCGCGCCAGAAGAGGUGUGGAGGCCGGGGGAGGCCGGAGGGGGAACAGAGUCUAGAGCCUCUGGAGCAGAGAAAGCAGCCCGUGCCCUGAGCCCCGUCUCUGCCGCGAUCUCCCGGGCCGCCCGGAGCCCCGAUGAGCCCAGAUGGCCGGGGCUCAGCCCGGAGUGCACGCUUUGCAACUCAAGCCCGUGUGUGUGUCCGACAGCCUCAAGAAGGGCACCAAAUUCGUCAAGUGGGAUGAUGACUCCACGAUUGUCACUCCAAUUAUUUUGAGGUCUGACCCUCAGGGAUUUUUCUUUUACUGGACAGAUCAAAACAAGGAGACGGAGCUGUUAGAUCUCAGCCUUGUCAAGGAUGCCAGAUGUGGGAAACAUGCCAGAGCUCCCAAGGACCCCAAAUUACGUGAACUUCUGGAUGUGGGGAACAUCGGACAUCUGGAACAUCGCAUGAUAACGGUGGUGUAUGGACCUGACUUAGUUAACAUCUCCUAUUUGAACCUCGUGGCUUUCCAAGAAGAAGUGGCCAAGGAAUGGACAAAUGAGGUUUUCAGUUUGGCAACAAACCUGCUGGCCCAGAACAUGUCCAGGGAUGCAUUUCUGGAAAAAGCCUAUACUAAACUUAAGCUGCAAGUCACUCCAGAAGGACGCAUUCCUCUCAAAAACAUAUACCGUAUGUUUUCAGCAGAUCGGAAACGAGUUGAGACUGCUUUAGAGGCUUGCAGUCUUCCAUCUUCAAGGAAUGAUUCAAUACCUCAAGAAGAUUUCACUCCAGAAGUGUACAGAGUUUUCCUGAACAACCUUUGCCCUCGACCUGAAAUUGAUAACAUCUUUUCUGAAUUUGGUGCCAAAAGCAAACCAUACCUUACCGUUGAUCAGAUGAUGGAUUUUAUCAAUCUUAAGCAGCGAGAUCCCCGGCUAAAUGAAAUACUUUACCCACCUUUAAAGCAAGAGCAAGUCCAAGUAUUGAUUGAGAAGUAUGAACCCAACAAUAGCCUCGCCAAAAAAGGACAGAUAUCAGUGGAUGGAUUUAUGCGCUAUCUGAGUGGAGAAGAAAAUGGAGUCGUUUCACCUGAGAAACUGGAUUUGAACGAAGAUAUGUCUCAGCCGCUUUCUCACUAUUUCAUUAAUUCCUCACACAACACCUACCUCACAGCUGGCCAGCUGGCUGGAAACUCCUCCGUUGAGAUGUAUCGUCAGGUACUCCUGUCUGGUUGUCGCUGUGUAGAGCUGGACUGCUGGAAAGGACGGACUGCAGAAGAGGAACCAGUCAUCACCCAUGGGUUCACCAUGACAACUGAAAUAUCCUUCAAGGAAGUGAUAGAAGCAAUCGCUGAGUGUGCAUUUAAGACUUCACCUUUUCCAAUUCUCCUUUCAUUUGAGAAUCAUGUGGAUUCCCCGAAGCAGCAAGCCAAGAUGGCGGAGUACUGCCGACUGAUCUUCGGGGAUGCCCUUCUCAUGGAGCCACUGGAAAAAUACCCCUUGGAAUCUGGAGUUCCUCUUCCAAGCCCUAUGGAUUUAAUGUACAAAAUUUUGGUGAAAAAUAAGAAGAAAUCACACAAGUCGUCAGAAGGAAGUGGCAAAAAGAAGCUCUCAGAACAAGCUUCCAACACAUACAGUGACUCCUCCAGCGUGUUCGAACCCUCGUCACCCGGAGCCGGAGAAGCUGAUACAGAGAGUGAUGACGACGAUGAUGAUGAUGACUGUAAAAAGUCUUCAAUGGAUGAGGGGACCGCAGGGAGCGAGGCCAUGGCCACAGAAGAGAUGUCUAACCUGGUGAACUACAUUCAGCCAGUCAAGUUUGAAUCAUUUGAAACUUCAAAAAAAAGAAAUAGAAGUUUUGAAAUGUCUUCCUUCGUGGAAACCAAAGGGCUUGAGCAGCUGACAAAGUCUCCGGUGGAAUUUGUAGAAUAUAACAAAAUGCAGCUUAGCAGGAUCUAUCCGAAAGGAACACGUGUCGAUUCAUCCAACUAUAUGCCGCAGCUUUUCUGGAAUGCGGGCUGUCAGAUGGUUGCCCUGAAUUUUCAAACAGUGGACCUAGCUAUGCAGAUAAAUAUGGGGAUGUAUGAAUAUAAUGGGAAGAGUGGCUACAGACUGAAGCCAGAGUUUAUGAGGAGACCUGACAAGCACUUUGACCCAUUCACCGAAGGCAUCGUCGAUGGCAUAGUGGCCAACACUUUGUCUGUUAAGGUUAUUUCAGGCCAGUUUCUUUCUGAUAAGAAAGUCGGGACCUAUGUGGAAGUGGAUAUGUUUGGUCUGCCUGUGGACACAAGGAGGAAAGCAUUAAAGACCAAGACAUCACAAGGAAAUGCUGUAAACCCUGUCUGGGAAGAAGAGCCCAUUGUGUUCAAAAAGGUGGUUCUUCCUUCCCUGGCCUGCCUGAGGAUAGCAGCUUAUGAAGAAGGAGGUAAAUUUAUUGGUCACAGGAUCUUGCCAGUGCAAGCAAUUCGGCCAGGCUAUCACUACAUCUGUCUGAGGAAUGAGAGGAACCAACCGCUGAUGCUCCCAGCUCUCUUUGUCUACAUAGAGGUGAAAGACUACGUCCCAGACACAUAUGCAGAUGUGAUUGAAGCUUUGUCAAAUCCAAUUCGAUAUGUGAAUCUGAUGGAGCAGAGAGCUAAGCAACUGGCUGCUUUGACACUGGAAGAUGAAGAAGAAAUAAAGAAAGAGGCUGAUCUGGGGGAAACACCAUCAGAGGCACCGAGUGAAGCCAGGACAACUCCAGCAGAAAAUGGAGUGAAUCACACUACAUCCCUGGCACCCAAACCACCCUCCCAGGCUCUCCACAGCCAACCUGCUCCAGGUUCUGUAAAGGCACCUGCCAAAACAGAAGAUCUUAUUCAAAGCGUUUUAACAGAAGUGGAAGCACAGACUAUUGAAGAGCUAAAGCAACAGAAAUCAUUUGUAAAACUUCAAAAGAAGCACUACAAAGAAAUGAAAGACCUGGUUAAGAGACACCACAAGAAAACCACUGACCUUAUCAAAGAACACACUACAAAAUAUAAUGAAAUUCAGAAUGACUACUUAAGAAGGAGGGCAGCUUUGGAAAAGACAGCCAAAAAGGAUAGUAAGAAAAAAUCAGAGCCCAGCAGCCCUGACCACGGCUCAUCAGCCAUUGAGCAGGACCUUGCUGCCCUGGAUGCCGAAAUGACCCAAAAGUUAAUAGACUUGAAGGAUAAACAACAACAGCAACUGCUUAAUCUUCGACAAGAACAGUAUUACAGUGAAAAAUACCAGAAGCGAGAACAUAUUAAACUGCUUAUUCAGAAAUUGACGGAUGUUGCUGAAGAAUGUCAGAACAAUCAGUUAAAGAAGCUCAAAGAAAUCUGUGAGAAAGAAAAGAAGGAAUUAAAGAAGAAAAUGGAUAAAAAGAGGCAGGAGAAGAUAACAGAAGCUAAAUCUAAAGACAAAAGCCAGAUGGAAGAGGAAAAGACAGAGAUGAUCCGGUCAUACAUUCAGGAGGUGGUGCAGUACAUCAAGAGGUUAGAAGAGGCACAAAGUAAACGGCAAGAAAAACUCGUAGAGAAACACAAGGAGAUACGUCAGCAGAUCCUGGACGAGAAGCCCAAGGGGGACGAUUCCUCCUCAUUCUUGUCGGAAAGUUGCCAUGAGGAUCCCUCUGUUUCCCCCAACUUUACUCCCCCCAACCCUCAAGCUCUCAAGUGGUGACCACCGUCCUUCCGGCCAGCUGCAGGUGGAGCUGGAACAAGAAUACCAAGACAAGUUCAAAAGACUGCCCCUGGAGAUUUUGGAGUUCGUACAGGAAGCCAUGAAAGGGAAGAUCAGUGAGGACAGCAAUCACAGUUCUGCCCCUUCCUCCCUGGCCUCGGACCCUGGGAAACUGAACCACAGGCCCCCCUCCAGUGAGGAGCUGGGAGGAGACCACCCAGGAAAAGAGUUUGAUACUCCUCUGUGAUCACCCCUCCCAGGCCUUCAGAACAUGCAUGACCACUCAAGCUCCAUCAGAUUCUCUCAUUACAAAGAUCACUGCCCAGAGCAUCUUCCUGAGAAACGUCCCUUAGCCUAAAAUCCAUGUCAAAAGGAGAGUUCCAGAAGGAUCCAUGUGGACAUCCCCAUGCCCAGGCUCCAUGUGUGAUGUGGAAACCACAGCAGGUCUACUAGUGGAGAGUGCAUGUGUGUGGGAUUUGUGUUUUCUUCCUAACAGUAAAUUCAAAGCAGGCAACUUCCAGGCUCCACGGACCAUUUAAUGAAGGACUGUGUCUUCUUUGAAGAAAAUCAAGCUCAUGUUUUUAUUUGAAGCUCUGGUAUAAAGUAUUUUACAAGUAAUAGAAGUAGUUUGAGAAUUGCAUAUCACUAUUUAACACUAUUGAACAAACGACUUUGAACAAUUUUUUCCUACCUGCCAUUCAACUACCAUAUCUUCAAGUUAACAUGCAUUUUUAAAUUGUUUCAUCCUUUGCUUUGCAAGCACUGGUGGCUUGCAGUGUGCUAAUUUAUUUAUCAAAGUGGCCUCAGUAUAUUUGUUGCUGACAUGGCUUUAUCAGAUACCAUGGUGAUUCAAAUAAGCUGGUUUUCUUUCCUCAAAAAAAAUCACUAGAUUAUAUCCUUGCCCAGUGAAGCUCUUCCCAGACUUAGCAAUAUGGGGCUCAUACAUUUCGCUGCAUGAGCAAGUUGUCCACACGCUUCCAGGAAGUGGGCUAUCCGAAUUGGCUAUUUGCACUCUAAGUCUGGGUAUUCAUUGGUUGCUGGCCUGAAAUGAAUAACUACAAAGAAUCUGUUCAGUUGAAUAAAAAUAGUUAAGUCAAUGUAUGUUGAGUAGAGAUUCAAUCAGACUAAACAGGUUCUAGUGGUUCUUUUGCUGUCUGACAUUUUUUAUGGUUCAUUUAUUUUUAAUAUAGAGAUAAAGAUUGAAUAUUUAUCUAAAGUAUACACAGACCCAUAUAUAAAUGAUAUAUAUUAUUUCCAUGUAUAUAUGUACACACUAGUCAUAUAAACACAGACACAUAUACCAUAUAAACACACAUACUCAUUCACAUGUUGAUGUGUGUUUCUUAAUUGGCAAUGAUCCAAAACUCUUCCACAAGACUUAAAACCAAAUUUAGGAAUAAAGAGAUAGAGGUGAAAAUUGUCUGACAUCUAGAUUUUGUGGAUACAUCAUAUUGAUAUUCUAAGAAACAACUGAUGGAGUCAUUGAUACAAAUUGAAUUAGAUUUAGAAUUAGAAUGUGAACUUGAUAUAUAUUUUGCAAGAUCAAUAACUGGAUUUUAAGCUUGUUUCAAUAAUCAGUAUAUAGAAGAAUGUAUAGGACAGAAAUAUGGAAAUUUAUUAGUAUCUUCCAUAAUUUUUAAGUCUGAGAGAUUUCAAUUUUAUUCUAAAUAAAAAUCUUUCAUUAUAUAUUUACUAUGUACAUUUAAUUCAUUUAAUUGUGUCUUUUUGUUAAGUUCCUAUGUUAGAUGGCAUAAGAAAAACUAUAUAAAGGUAAAGAUGAUCAAAAGCACUAUUGAAAGGUCUUAAAUAAGAGAGUAUAAUUAUAUAGAGGAAAAUAUAGUUCAGAGAGUAACACAAAGAACAUUAAAGUCCUGAAGCAAGAUGCUCACAGCUUUAGUUUACCCUAAAAUACCUAUCUGAGUGUAGCUUAGCAAAAUGUCUUAAAACACAAAAAUCAGUUGUGUCCUAAAAAUUCUUUCAAGAAUUAAAUAUUUUUAUGGAAAUUAUUUAACUUUAAGCAAUAACUAAGGAUCACAAUUAAGUUUUAACCAAAACGAAGGCUUAGUUCAAACCUUAGGAAAGAGUGUUUGAUUAAAACCACACCUGGCCAGAGACCCAAAGGGGAAAAUGCCAUCCUCUUUGGAGAUGAUAGUAUUUUGAUCUGAAGGAUUCAGGGUGUUGAUUAAACACUUAAUAAAACUUAACUUCCACUGAAAGAGAUAUCUUUUGUAAGUCAUUCUACUUUUGCACUUUGAAAGAAAGGCAUUAUGGAAGGAAGAGUGGUCAAAAUUGAAUGCUGCAUUUUUAUAAACAAACUUACAGACUGUCUAAAAUUGCAGAAGAGUGAACUAAUAAAAGAAUUCAUAACCAAACAUAAUAGUGAUUAUUACAGAACAUUGUAUUACAUUUAGUCCAGAGAUAGACUAAGGUUGAAUAAUCUUGACUUAAACAAAACUGUUUUGGUAGUUGCAUUUCAUUAUCUUAGACUCUAGUCAUUUUACAAUAUGUUUGUAUUUGGCCAUUCACUGUAAUCACAUUUUUAUAUCUGUACAAUGACACUUUUCGCAGUUGUGGGGUAGUGUGUAACACUGUCCAUCUUGCAUCAUUGAAACUACUACAGUGAUACUAUCAUUUAAUAAUAUUAAUAUUACUUGAAAUAGACUAAGAUAAGGAAAAGGGGUCUAUAUGAUGUGCAGCUUUGUGCCUUUAUGUAUUUGCCUUGUUCUUUGUUGAAUGUGUGAAAUUCUGUACUGUGGUUUUUCCUAGAAUAGAGAGUAAAGCUGUGUAUUAAAUUAGACUGUGCCCCUCUGAUACCUUUACACUACUGAGAAUAGCGUGGUUUUGGCCGUGUAAACCAAUUUUCAAAGUUCUAAUGACAUGCCAUGUGGUUUGGUUUUUAACAUUUCAUUCUCAUAUUUCAAUAUUGCCAGUUAGUACUCCUGUAAUAGCUAAGCAGUUGUUAAAUAAUUCUGAAAGAAAGGGCCAUUGCUUGCAUCACUUUGAAUUUAAUGUUGUGCUUGUGCACUGUAUAAAUAUUGUUUGUGGUGGAUUGGAUAUUGUGACCUUUGCCUCUUCAGAAGAAAAAAAAAGAUAGGACAAAGCAUUUGAAGCUCUUAAAAUGUACAUAUUUUGGUUCUUCUAUCAAAUUAUUUAAAAUGCAUAAUUCACAUUUUUGUAAUAAUUCUAUGCAAUUUUGUGGCAUGAUGUUUCUUCCACUUGUAAUUUUAUGUGCUUUCAUCACAAAUCCAAAGGAAACAAUAAAAAUUUCUUAACACAA